AUGGCAGCAAUCACCACUCGAAAAAUCGAAGCCGUAGUCCACACGAAAAUCGACGCCGCACGCCGAAGAACAGUCGCCAAAACAAUAGCGCUAGACCGGCUGUCCGCGUUCCUCGGCGACGCCGCGCCGGCGCUCCAACCGCCCGCGCUGCCGUGGGUGGACCUGGAGAUCCGCCCGGCGUUCCGCGAGCCCGUCGAGAUCUGCGUCGACUGCCCCGAGAAGGCGACAAAUGGCCCGGCGUUCAAGGUCCACUUGCCGCGUCUUGUGCGGCGCCUUCGUGGCUGGUCUCGUCUGCUCGAUGGCGUCAUCGGGACGACGUCGCGGCGAUGGCGUCAUCGGGACGACGUCGCGGCGAUGGCGUCUAGCUCUCGUGAUUCGUCUCGCGCCCUUGAUGGCGACGCGUCGACUGGCGUUUCUCUGGACGUCAUGUUUUGGAUGAGAGAGUCACAGAGUCACGAAGUCGCAAAAACACAGGAGGCACGAAAAAAACAGGAAAAAAACACACAGGUCCUGGUCCUGCUCGAGCCCGAGGAGGUCUCGCGGGCGGCGCAAAGAGCCAAACCAAACUACUUCGACCUCGUCCUCGGCCACGACGCGGCCGCCGUCGCGGCGGCGCGCGGAAAAGCUUCGGCGCCCUUCGCGCACGGCGGCACGUGGGUGCCGCGCGACGUCUGGGCAGCGCCGCCGCGCAGCAAAGCGCCGAAGGCCUCGCUCGUCUGCGGCGCCCUGCCGCGUCCAAAGUACUACUCAGAGGGCCGCGGCCGUCCACGCCCGUGAGUCGCGGUGAUGGCGUGGUGGCGUGGGGGUGGAGCCGCGGCCGUCCGACGCAAAAAACACGCAGGCGACAAAAAACUAACGCGCGGCCACCGUAUCAGAAGAGCGGUCUGGGACGCCGCCGCCGCGGACGCUAGAAUCGUGCGCUUCGCCUCGGAACAUUCAAAGCUACCACGUGAUAAGGGAGUCCGCGUCCUCGCGGCCGCGCCCGAGGCCAAGGCUGGUAGUGUAGCGCCCUUCGCCGUCCACGUCGCUAUUGAAAAUGUGCGGCGCGCGGGCUACUUCACGGAGAAGCUCCUGGACUGCUUUUUAUUGAGAACUGUACCCGUCUAUUGGGGCUGCCCGGACCUCGCGGCGCACGGUUUUGAUGUUGACGGCGUCGUGUUCAUUGAUGAUGGCGGCGACGUCGCGGCCGUGGCGCGCGCCGCCGUCGCGGCCGUUGGGCGCGCCCUCGAUGCGCCGCCUCCCGCCGCGGCGAUCGAGCGCAACUACGCGCGCGCCCAGGACUUCCUCGACCUCGAGGGCCGCCUCGUCGCCAGUAUCGACGCGGCGCUCAUAGCUAGAGAGCGUGAUCUUUGUGUGUAA